AGCUUGUGACUGAGAAACCAGUAACCUCCUCCCAGAUGAUGACAUGAACUUGUUAGUUCCUCUGUCCAUUGUAGUGGAUGAUAUGUUGUGAAAAUCCAUUAGAAACGAUGCACUAAUCAGUCAUGUUUACAUAGAAACAACGCGCCGCGAGGCUUUGCUUGUGAGACUUGCGGUCACGUGAGUGGGUUGUGGGCGGAGCUUGGUAAGGUCCAUUAUCACUUCCAGGAAACGAUUGACAUGAUGCCGGCUCCGCCCCCAUGCAGACGUGGAUCCAAUCAUUCCAGGGUAUUUGUCAGCCACUGACCAAUCAGCAAUUUGUCAGGAAGUGUACGUCCUUUAUGAACCGACUUUGACGAUAUUGACAGUGUUUAUCAUAGACAUAAUAUAAGGGUAGACGCCGCAUUGGCCGCUCCGGCGCAGGAAAUACGGCGGCCAUCUUAGAGCGGUAAACCCUCGUACUUUGCUGAACCAAAACAACAGAAGAUGCCUCAGUUCUGCUCGGCUUAUUCGUGUUUAAAUCUACGAACUGUUGAUGUCAGGGACCGGGGGAUAACUUUUCACAAGUUUCCAAAAGAUAAAGAGAGGAGGAAGAGGUGGGAAAUAGCUUUGAGGAGGGAUGGAUUCACUGCAAGUGAUUCAUCUGUACUAUGCAGUGAGCAUUUCAAAACGGAGGAUUUUGACAAAACAGGUCAGAUUGUCAGACUGAGAGCUGAUGUGAUACCAUCAAUUUUCAGCUUCCCAGUUCACCUUCAAAGAGUUGAAAACUACAGAACUACAAUAACCUCCACAAAAGCCCAAAGUAGUGAGUAUGUGGCCUCUCAAGAUGACCCAGAAACUUGUAGUUCAGACCUGCAACCUCAGUCUAAUGAUGAUCAUUGCUAUGCUUUGCCAGCUUCUCUUACCGCUGUCACUGCAAAACAUAAGAGAGCGUUGGCAAGAGUGGAAUAUCUGGAGCGGGACAAGAAUAUAAUAUUCCAUCAGAGCGUCAGGUGGCUGGAAUAACAACCCAUCAGCAUGCCAGUUCCAGGCCAUCUUCCGCCGGCUGAUGGUUCGGUGUGGGGUUACACCCAGUGAGACUGGCAAUGUGGCAGCACAAGACAACACCGUGUCCCUGUCUGCUGUUGAAAUGUCCUCUCCUGAAUCUAAUGAAGAGCAUCCCUGUCCUUUUGCUAGGAUUUCAGCCAUUCUGGACGACCACAGCUAUCUUCCGACCAAGUUUGGUGGUCUGGUAGGAAAUGCCUUGGUUUACAUAUCUGGAUUUGUUGUGAGGCAGAUUCUGCGUAAACUAACCUGUGACCCAUGUCGAGUCAGUUUGAUUCAAGAUGCCACACCGUCUUCAUUUGAUGAGAACUACCAUCUUCUCACUUUGAAAAAUAAUGGCGGGUUAGUGAUUCCCUCACAAGGCGUAGUGAAGGUGGUGAGAGCUGCAGAGAGGGUGAUUCGUGGUGCUUCACCAAACCAUCCUCCUAAGCUGUCCGCCGUCACAUACAUAGUCCGUGAAGACAUUGGAACAGAAGAUGUUUUCCAGCUUGGGGAACACACUCAGGAGACACAAUUUGGCAUUGACAAUCACCAUUCUGACUUGCUGUCAUUGGUUGUGUCUGUGUUUCUGAAGAUAAGGAUGCACCACAUUGCAAAAGUCACAUGUCUUGGUUUGCAGAAAGGCAACACCAGAAAAAAGCUCUGCAAAACUGUCCUAUUUCAAGGCUAUUAGAUUGUGUAAAAAUGUAAUGAAUAUGUAAAUAUUGUUGUCAC